GGAAUCACACUUGCUUCCAGCCAAGCUGUCAAGAAUGCCAAGAAGCUGGAGUGGCCUCUCAGUGAAGUUGCAGAAGGAGUUUUUGAAAUUGAAGCCCCAGGAGGAUACAAAUUCUAUUUGCAGAAUCGCACCCCACCUCAGUCAGAUCCUGUAUUAAAAGUAACUCUAGCAGUGUCUGAUCUUCAGAAAUCCCUGAACUACUGGUCUGAUCUCCUGGGAAUGAACAUUUAUGAACAGGAUGAAGAAAAGCAGAGGGCUUUGCUGGGCUAUGAUGAAAACCAGUGUAAGCUGGAGCUCCAGGGCAUUAAGGACUCAGUUGAUCAUGCAGCAGCUUUUGGAAGAAUUGCCUUUUCUUGUCCCAAGAAAGAGUUGCCAGACUUAGAAGACUUGAUGAAAAGGGAGAAUCAGAAGAUCUUGACUCCCUUGGUGAGUCUUGAUACCCCUGGGAAGGCAACAGUACAAGUCGUCAUCCUGGCCGACCCUGAUGGACAUGAAAUUUGCUUUGUUGGGGAUGAAGCCUUUCGAGAACUUUCUAAGAUGGAUCCAGAGGGAAACAAAUUGUUGGAUGAUGCAAUGGCAGCAGAUAAAAGUGAUGAGUGGUUUGCUAAAAGCAAUAAAGUAAAGGCUUCGGGUUAAUGGAAGACAUCACGUGGAACAAGCAUUUGUAAUCCCCAUCCAGCACCUGGAGCUCUGAUGUAUCUGCUUAUGAUAAAUGUUCUUACUACUUAGUGGUGUCCUGUACAGGCAAGGAGGCCUGGCUGGUGGAGAUUUGUGUAUUUCCAUCUUUGAAAGCACUGGUAUGUUUUAGAAAUGAAAUGUGAUUAUCAUUGCUCCAAGUAAAGGAGAAUUACUGCUAUAAUCUGCACUGUCACUGGGAUGGCACAUUCUAGGUAACUGUAUUAAAUUAGUAACAAAUUAUUUUCUAGACUAGGACAGCUCUAUGGGACUUUCCUCUUGGUUGGGGAUGGGAGGAGUGUUACAUUUUGAGUAGCCAGAGGACAGACAGAAGGAUUUGAUGUUUUGACAACCCUGACAUGUGUGCUAGCUUCUUUAUAAUUUUUUAAUCCUCUCAAGAAAGGAUCUUAAAAUAGGUUAUAUUAUUUCUUCAGCCUGAAAAAAAUUUGUUUUCUCUUUGAUUCUGUACAAGUUGAUUUUACUCCCUGGAAACAAAAUUGUAUUUGGUAUAUUCAUUAUUAAAUUUUUAAAAAAUGUUUCAUA